AUGUCUAAAGCUAUCGGCAUUGAUUUGGGAACCACGUAUUCCUGUGUUGCCCACUUUACCAACGAUAAGGUCGAGAUCAUUGCUAAUGAUCAAGGUAACAGAACGACACCCUCAUACGUUGCCUUCACUGAUACAGAGAGGCUCAUUGGUGAUGCAGCCAAAAAUCAGGCGGCAAUGAAUCCGAUGAACACCGUUUUUGACGCUAAGAGGCUUAUCGGGAGAAAGUUCAAUGAUCCGGAAGUCAUUGAGGAUGCAAAGCAUUAUCCUUUCAAGAUUAUCGAAAAAGCUGGCAAGCCCAAUAUACAAGUGGAGUAUAAGGGCGAAACCAAGGUAUUCUCGCCAGAAGAAAUUUCUUCCAUGGUAUUGGGUAAAAUGAAGGAGACUGCUGAAGCUUUUUUGGGAGGUAAGGUGAAUGAUGCAGUCAUAACAGUCCCUGCCUAUUUCAAUGAUUCUCAAAGACAGGCUACCAAAGAUGCUGGGCUAAUCUCGGGAUUAAAUGUAUUAAGAAUUAUCAACGAGCCUACAGCUGCUGCUAUUGCGUAUGGUUUGGAUAAGAAGGGCCUGCACAACGGAGAAAAGCACAUCCUUAUUUUUGAUUUGGGCGGAGGUACUUUCGAUGUAUCCUUGCUAGCGAUCGAUGAAGGUGUUUUUGAAGUGAAAGCAACAGCUGGUGAUACGCACUUAGGUGGUGAGGACUUUGAUCAUCGUUUAGUCAACCACUUUGCUCAAGAGUUCAAAAGGAAGAAUAAGAAAGAUAUCACAUCCAAUCAAAGAGCUAUGAGGAGAUUGAGGACUGCUAGCGAGCGUGCAAAGAGGACUUUGUCUUCUUCAGCGCAAACAUCGAUUGAAAUCGAUUCACUAUUUGAGGGAAUUGACUUCUAUACUUCGAUCACAAGAGCAAGGUUUGAAGAAUUAUGUGCUGACUUGUUCCGUGUUACCUUGGAACCUGUUGAGAAAGUUUUGAGAGACUCCAAAUUGGACAAAUCUCAAGUAGAUGAAAUUGUUCUCGUUGGAGGCUCAACAAGAAUUCCCAAAAUUCAAAAACUAGUGACAGAGUUUUUCAACGGCAAAGAUCCUUGUAAGUCGAUUAAUCCAGACGAAGCUGUUGCCUAUGGCGCUGCUGUGCAAGCUGCUAUCUUAACUGGAGACACCUCCUCAAAGACGCAAGAUUUAUUAUUGUUGGACGUUGCCCCAUUGUCCCUUGGUAUCGAAACUGCUGGUGGUGUUAUGACCAAAUUGAUCAGCAGAAACUCGACCAUACCUACCAAGAAGUCUGAAAUAUUCUCGACAUAUGCAGACAAUCAACCUGGUGUUUUAAUUCAAGUUUAUGAGGGAGAGAGAGCAAGAACAAAAGACAACAAUUUACUCGGCAAGUUUGAGCUUUCCGGUAUACCUCCAGCACCUAGAGGUGUACCUCAAAUUGAAGUUACCUUUGAUAUUGAUGCAAACGGUAUUUUGAAUGUUUCAGCCGUGGAGAAAGGUACCGGAAAAACUCAAAAAAUCACCAUUACCAAUGAUAAGGGUAGAUUGUCAAAGGAGGAGAUCGAAAGAAUGGUUGCAGAAGCCGAAAAGUUCAAAGAGGAGGAUGAAAGAGAGGCUAGCAGGAUUCAGUCUAAGAACACUCUAGAAUCUUAUGCUUACUCUCUCAAGAAUACCAUCAACGAAGGGGAAAUGAAAGACAAGAUUGGAGCGGAAGAGAAAGAGAAAUUGAGCAAAGCAAUCGAAGAAACCAUACAAUGGUUGGAUACAUCUCAAGCAGCUUCCAAAGAAGAGUAUGAUGACAAGCAUAAGGAGUUGGAGUCAAUUGCGAAUCCUAUCAUCUCUUCAGCUUAUGGAAGCAGUGGUGCCGGAGGGGCAGCUCCGGGUGCCUCCAGUGCUGGUACAUCUGGUGGCACCGGCGGUGUAAAUACGGACUCUGGACCCACUGUGGAGGAAGUCGAUUAG